ACGAGUCGCGUGAAAAGAUUAUUGACCACAAAUAUCUGCAAGAAAAAAGUUAUCAUGUUCGGAACGUUAAAAAUAUUAUGUAUCUCAUUAGAAGUGUUAAUGCUAACAGAAGUGGCCAUCGGGUUUUCAAAGAAAUAUUUAUUCAGAAUGCAACAUCUUUCGAGUUCUUCACAGUUAAUGAUUACCUGUCACGAAUCCAGAAGUUAUCUAUCCAGAAAUAUUUCAACCUAACUGAAAAAGAUGUAGCCGAAUUCCAGUAUAAUCCCAUUCGAAGAAACAAAUUUCCUAUUCGGACAUUCGUAGAAUUUGAUAACGUACUAAUUAAAAAAGACAUUUUUGUGUCAUUCAGAUGGGACAUAGACCCUGAAAUAUUUGGAGAUAUUAAACUACUUUUUAAGAUUUGGUUCGAGGAUCAGAAUCGAAUAAUUCAAUUAUUCGAUAAAAAACAGAUGCUGGAAUACAAAGUAUAUGAUAUAAACCUGAUACAACUUAUUAUUUCAACAUAGAACAGCAUAAAACAUAUCAUGAUUCUAAUGUUGAGUUUAUCACUGUUUCGACCACACACGAAAAUCCGAUACCUCUCUUACUCGUCCAAAUGUAUAACAAAUUUGGUGUGGAUGUAUUGGAUGUAGAUUUACAGAUAGGCAUUGAACUUGACACAGACGUUAUGUAUAAAGAAAUCGUUUACUCAGCAUUGGAACAUAAAAUAUAUGGAAUCACUGACAUGUUAGAGCUAAUAACAUCGGAUUUUAAUCCAACCGAUGUCCAAACAAUCGAAGUAC